AUGACAAGAUCUGAAGUUCGCGGAUACAUAAAAAAUCUGUCCUCAAACCUGGAUCAAGCUUUCGCAGACACUUUUGAUCGUAUCAAUACGCAAACUCAGAAACGGCGAGACAUAGCGAUGAGGUCUUUGAUGUGGAUCUCCCGUGCACGUCGGCCCCUCAGAUUGGAAGAGCUUUGCCAGGCCUUGGCUACAAGUAAUGGAGAUGCAGAAGUUGACCAAGACAAUCUCAUUAACCCGAAGAUGAUCAUUGAAUGCUGCUUUGGCCUCGUUGUCACUGAUGAGCAAACCAAUACGACUAGACUUGUCCAUUCAGCCCUUCAGGAUUAUUUACAAAGGCCAUCAAGAUCGAUACCAGCAAAUUUUAAUGAAGAAAGCUACAUCACAAACAUACUUUUGACCUGGCUUUGCUUCGACGACUUAGAUCAUCCAGGGCAUCUAAAGGACUCCUCACCACACUCUCGGAAAUCUACGAAGAUGUCAUGUGCCUAUACUUCUUUUGAUCGUUACGCUGCCGAGCACUGGUCUAGUCAUGCAGGGCAAGCGUCAACCGACGACAUCAAAGAUCUUGCGCUUGCCUUCUUGAAGAACUUAACGAAAGUCAAUCGAGCGCGUCGACGGCUCACAUUCUACAAAAUACAAAGCCAUACAUAUGAGGAUCUCAGAAUCAAGGACCGAAAGCACACUGGUCUGCACAUCAUCGCUGGCGCUGGACUAUGCCAACUUAUCGCAAUACUACUUGACGAUGGGGUUUCCAUAGACGUGGUCGAUCAUUAUGGAAACACUGCCCUCCACGAUGCAGCUGAGAAAGGUCAAGCAGCUGCGGUAGCCUUUCUCAUCAAACGCGGUGCUGACCCUAACGUGACAAAUUUCAAUAAUCUUUUGCCUCUUGACCUUGCCGUGAGUGGUUCCUACUCCGAGGCCGUGAUGGAAUUGCUUCUAUCCGGCGCCAAAGUCGAAACACGGGGCUUGAAUGGGUGGAGUCCACUCCAUAAGGCGGCAGAUAAUGGAGACACAGAAACCACUAGGCUUCUUUUAGAUUCUGGUGCUUCAGUGCAUACAGCAAGCGCUCGGGGUUUGAUUCCGCUCCAUAGAGCGGCUGGAAAGGGCCAUGUGGAGAUCAUGAAAUUACUGGUCGAUUCCGGCUCGCCCAGCGACACCAGCACCAUCGACGGUUGGACACCUAUUCAUGGCGCAAGUGUCGCCGGUCAAGAUGAAGCUGUACGCUUCCUUCUCAAUAUCAACGAUGGAGACAUUGACAAGGCAAACGAGGGCGGCCAGACAGCCCUUCAUCUAGCUUGUAAGUCAGGGCACUCACAAGUUGUGUCAGUGCUACUAGAGUACGGAGCAAACCCGCUUGUGAAGGACUCUCGCGGAGCCAUACCAUUGUACAUAGCUUCUAAAAGGGGUUUCAUGGAUGUCGUGGAAGCUCUAUUGAACCAGUCACAGGAUUGCGUAGACGCACAGUUGACACUCAAGCACAAAGGCAACCAGACUCCGGCACAGGGGGCUUUAUCUUGGGCUCAGUGGGAUGUGUAUGCUCUCUUAACAAAAAGAGGAAAGUCGACCAACCCGGCAGCCCUUCAGACGGAACAUUUGCCGCAAAUGGAAGACAUCAAACGUCUAGGUUCACUUUCGGCAGGACCAGAUUCUGAUCUUCAUACUGAGCACUCAUUUUCUUCAUUGAAGAAGUACCUCGAUCCUUACUCGGAACUCAGUACCCUUGACAGCUCAUUGCACGUUGCCUUACUCUUGAACGACGAAGAUUCCGUCAGGCAGAUCCUUUUGGAGAAGGAUAUUGAUAUCAAUAGCCGGGGAGUUGGUGGAAGACAACCGAUUCACUGUGCCUCAAUGGUCGACAACUCCAAUCUUAUCCGCCUAUGCCUCGAAUCUGGAGCCGAUGCAAGGUCACCCUUGACAAAUGGACAGACAGCUCUCCACAGGACCGCUAGAAUUGGUAGUCCUGAAACAAUCAGUAUUCUACUCGCGUAUGGUGCCGAUAUAGAGGCUCAGGAUUAUUGGGGCUGGCGGCCGCUCCACAAGGCUGCUACUAAUGGUUCCUUGGCUACGGUAGAAAGCCUCUUGCACCGCGGUGCUGAUACCGAGGCUCGCACGGGAGAUGGCUGGAGUGUAUCUGUCUGUGCUAGGCGUGCGGGGCGUGAUGACGUUGUUGAGCUUCUUGUAUCUGCGCGAGAGAAGCGAGAGCCGUAUUUGGCAUUUCCUAAGAUUGAGGACCUUAAUGUAUAA